UAGCGGCUGAUGCACGGAAACUACUAGACCUCGACCAGCUCUCCGUGAACCUGUUUGUGCCGUUCCAAAUAUCCGUUCUUAAUGUAAAUACAAAACAAGAAUUUUACAUCACAGUUGUGUGCGGAUUGACGGGGUGAUUUUCUGUGUUGUGUGUCGGUUUGCACUUUUGGUGACGCUGUCCUGUGCAGGUUCCUGAUUCAAUUCGUGUUGUGUGACGUUGACGUACAUCUCCAGAGGUAGGAAUUCCUGGAAGAGUGGAGCCCCAACCAACGAAUGGGAAUGGUUUAAGCCAACUGGAUAAUCAUUUCGACCCGUUCCACGGACUCCUGUUUCAAUAUUGAACUGUGACGAAACCGUUUCGUGGAUACCGACUUGUGUCGCCUUUUUUUCGGAUUAACUUUCGAACCGAAGUUGUAGAAAACAUCAUUGCUUUAAAAAUGAAGAAAAGUUCGUCAACAAGAUAUUUCUUGGUGUUCUUCAAGCAUGGCCGGAAUGGUCGUCCCGAGAGUGAUGUUCUUCAUCAGAAACGAAUUCCCGAUGGCUAUGGCAGUGCAGCUAAGGUGAACGACAGAGUGAGAAUAAAAUAUAGGGAUGACGAUACGAAAAAAUUUACUUUUUAUGAUGGCGUCAUUCUCCAAAUAGAUCAUGACCUGAACGUUUUGCAAACUAUAGAUGUUGAUGAAAAAGGAGAAAUAGUCCCCCCUAAUCAGAAACGAUUUCCAGAGGAACUCCUGGCAGUUAAAAGACAUCUUGCAAAACAAUCUCGGGCAAUUACUGUGGCUGCCAAGGAGCAUCAGAGGACAUUGGACACUUCGCUUUUAGGUAUUUCAGUGUUCAACACUGCUUCUGCUCCAGGCUGUUCAGGAAACCUGCCACAGAAUGGUGGUACUGCAUCACAGCUUCAAAGUGACUCUCGUCUGGUAACCCCUGCAGGCUGUUCGAAAGACCUGUCGGUAAAUGAUGUUACAGCAUCACUGCUUCCGAGUGUCUCCCAUCUGGUAACCCCUGAAGUGAAAGUGUUCUUGGAGGCACUUGUUCCAGCGGCCAGCUCUUUACAUGACUCGAGCCAAUGUGCACAGGUAGACUGGUUGCACAGUGUUCUCCAGAACAUAUUACGCUCUCUUGAGUCUGAACAAGAAAAGAAUGUAACCUUGCCAGAACACUUCCUGAAGCAAAGCAAACAGUGUGACACUGACCUCUUUGGCAAUGGAAAGUUUUUCGUACCGUUCAUGUCAUACCGUGCAAUUCAUGCAGAUGUGGAAAAUAAGAAAGGCAAAAAGAAAAAUAGUUGGCAGAUUUACGUCUCUGAAGUCCUGAACAGGCUCUAUGGCAAUAGAAUGCUGUACCUAACUGCAAAAGGCCAAAGACGAACUACAGGAAUAGACGGAGAUUUGUACAAUAGUCUGUUAGACUACUGUUUACACCACUUUGAGAAUUUCCGCAGUUUGGAGAACCGAGUACCAGCAUUCAACAGAAAUAUAAAUGUCAUCCGUCAAGGUCGGAAGAAUAUGUCGAAGAAUAGAACUGCAGCAAGGGAAAAUGGUGCAGUUGUGGCCAAAAAGCAGUCUAAAGGCAACAAAAAACAAUCUAAAGGCAACCAAAAGCAAUCUAAAGGCAACCAAAAGCAAUCUAAAGGCAACCAAAAGCAAGCUAAAGGCAAGGGCAGUGACUCAGAAUCUGAUGAUGGAGAUGAAUAUGAAGACAUUUCUUCUGAAUCUGAGAAUCACACUGGGGAACUGCGGCGAACCUCCUCAAUGGAUGAUGAAGAUUUACUAGAUGAAACCCCUAUACGUGAGAAACUACAGCAAAAAUGUCAUGGAAAAAGAGUUGUGGGAGAAAAUAGACAGCUGUUAGAACGUAAAUUCCUUCAACCUGUUUUGGUAGGAAAAAGGAAAAUUUCUGACGGGUAUCUACACUCUAGCACUUCUGAAGGACCACAUAUCCAGAGCCAGGCCACAGACUUUCACCAAGGUUUUACUAAACAAAUGAGGCCUGGCCAGGUUAUUUCAGCAGCAGGCCAGUAUAACCCAUAUUACCAACAAGCACCUCACAGGGUCCCUCACUCUUACAGUCAUAGAGGAGGAUCUCCUGUUGUGUCAAGUGGUCAGGGUGCCCAGAGGCUGCCCCACAAUUAUAGUCCCAAUCAAGUUUCACAAUUACCAGCCUACUAUUCGCAUCUACCUCAAGAAGGAUCCCAUGUCUAUGACUACGCUCCAACAGCAGGUUCUCCUUACGUGGCGAAUAGUGAGGGCAUUCAGAGUGUAGAGCAGUACUCGCAAGAUCCAAUGACUAUAGCUCUACAAGUUGUGAACAACCCAAAUUUGAUUUAAAUGCAUUAACUUUUGGUGCUAGUCAAGUAUUUUAAAUUUAUUUAUUUCUUUCUGCAAAAUUAUGUAUUCUAUGUUACAUUAUUAUGAUGGCCAUUAGUUUUAGUUACAUAUAGUUAUUUAAAAUUGUAACAAGUCCAAAUCUGACUUAAAUUAAUUUUUGUAUCUAUCUUAUUUUUUUAACUGUAUUUAUUUCAUAAAAAUAUGUAUGCUUGUAUUUAAUAUUGUUAUGGCCAUUCGUUUUUUGUUCUUUAAUCGUAUUUCAGAUGUAUUUUCAUGUAUAUUUGCCAAAUAUUGUAUAAUUAAAUGCCAUGCAAUUUAUAUUACUUUGU